AUGUUUUUUAAGUUUAUUUUAAUAUACGUUUUAAUAUGCAUUUGUCCAUUAAAAUCGGAUAGUGUUAGUUUACAGAAUGCAAGUGAUGAAGAUUUACUGCAAUUAAUAAAAGAAAAAGAGAAACUUAUUGUUUUAUUUUCAAAGGCAAAUUGUCCAGUCUGUGAUGAAUUUGAGCAGCAUUUGGAAAGCUUAAGUGAAGACUUUAAAAAGCAAUUAGGAGCAUUUACAGUUAAGACUGAAAAUAGCCAUUUAGUUCGCCUGUACAGUCCUAGUAAAGAACCAGCUGUAGUAUUCUUUAGACAUGGUGUUCCUCUAUUAUAUAAUGGUGAACCUGAUGAAAAUGAAAUUUAUGGAUUCUUUGAAAAAAACCAAUCACCUGCUGUUAAGGAGCUUACAGACAAAAUAUUUGAGCAUAUGACACAAGCAGCUACAGGAUCAACAACAGGAGAUUGGUUUGUGAUGUUUCAUGGUGCUUCAUGUGUGGAAUGCCAAAGAUUGCAUGCAGUUUGGGAGAGUGUUGGGGCAACUCUACGAGGCCGUAUUAAUGUUGCUCGUGUAGAUGCUAACUUGGCUGGGUUAAAUACUGCCAAAAGAUUCAAAAUUACUAAACUACCUUCUUUUAUUUUCUUACGAUUGGGUAAAGUGUACAGGUAUGAUUUACCGAAGACCGAUGUUAAAUCAUUCGUGACGUUUGCACAGGAUUGGUAUAAAAAUUCUAAAGCAGAAGUAGUGCCGCUUCAAGCCUCGCCCUUCGAUGAAGUAGUUGAUUGGUGUGUGCAAAUCCUUAAAUAUAGUAUUGCAUAUGGAUUGGAUAUGUUAGCCAAAUAUCCAUGGAUUUGGCAAAUUGGGUUGGGAGGAUUCAGUCUAGUAGCAAUCACAGCUUUGAUUGCAUUAGUUAAAGCUGGAAAAUCUAAGACAGCCAAAAAUGUCAAGAAGGAGAAAAAGAGUAAAUAG